AUGAAGCAGAUAGAAGCAGAAGAUAAAACAGCAGCAGCAGCAGCAGCAGCAGCUGCAGCAGCAGCAGCAACAGCAACCAAUACACCCUCGCCAGAAGUUCCAGGGGCGUCCGAUACAGAACAACAGCAGCAGCAGCAACAGCAGCAGCAGCAGCAGCAGCAGGAAGGACAGCAGCAAGAUGCUGCAGCAGGAGAUGCAGUUGGUUCUGCUGGUACAUCUCCCUCAACUGCUGCAGCAGCAGCAGCAGCAGCAGCAAAAGUGAAAGUAACAGAGCUGCCUGUACACCCCGUGGUGUAUGCUGGUCGUCUAUCAGCAGAGAAAGUUCGGGUGUAUAGGGAGCUCGAACUACAGAUGGAUAACGAAGACCGUAUAUACAAAGAAAAACAAGAAAAGUUAAAUGAAUUAGAGACAACAAUAUAUUCUUUGCGUGAUGCUGCUGCGCCGCCUGCUGCACCAAGCGAAGGAGAAGGGAUGGAUGUAGAGGGGCAGCCAAAGAGCAGCAGAAAGGAAGCAGCAGCAGCAGCAGAAGGUGCUGCUGCUGCUGACGAAGAAGGAAAAGAAGAGAUGCUGGAGGAGGGCGAUACAAACAACCCCUAA